AUGUGUCGUUUCAGUUUGUUUGUACUUUUGCUUAGCGCAGUGUUGGUGUUGGCUGAAGAUCCUUCGUCUUCUGCCGCGCCUUCUUCGUCUCCAGCACCGAUAACCCCUGCCACGGCAACUGCGACAACACCAAAGCCCAGCAAACCCGAUAGCUUACUAUCGGAGUUUGUGAACGCCGCCUUAGAUAUACCGAAAGGAGUUUUUAAUGCCUGCACAGACUUCAAAAAACUUAUAUUUGGUUGGUGA